AUGGUGAUUUCUUAUAAUAAUAAUAAUAAUCAUAAUAAUAGUAAUAACAACAAUAAUAAUAAUAACAACAAUAAUAGUAACAAUAAUAAUAACAUGCUUCCUCCCUUUCCUUCUGACAUUUCCACGAUGUACCGGCAGAUCAAUUCUUCCGGCCAUUAUCAAGACGCUUAUCCAAGCGGUCCUCCGACUUUGGGUGAUACUGCAUACUCGGUGAACGGUAAUUUCACUCUUUUACCAUCCGAAUUUAGACGGGAUCCCAACGAUUCAUUCUUUUAUGAGGAUAGUGGGUUUUUCGACUACCAGCAAGUUCAACAGCAAUCACCACAAUUUCAGAUUAAUCAGCAAAACGAGGCGCAACAGCAACGAUUUUCACAGGAGCAAAAUUUUGGAAUUGGUAAUGAGAUCAUUAAGAACAGCAAUCAUUAUUAUGAAUAUGAAAGAUCUUCUAAUGAAGUCUCUCCAUUUGAUGAUGAAGCGUCAAACGUGGUAUCUGAUGGUAUGUCUCCCACUGUGAUGGCGACUGCUACCGCCGUGACCAAUGCAAAUGCCCCUUUGUCGGUAAAUGCACAAGCCAACAAUCCCUUGAAUUUUACGUCGGCUCAAAGUAGAACGGUUUAUUUGGGUAAUGUGCCACCAAAUUUAUCUGUUAAAGAACUAUUGGAUCAUGUCCGAAGCGGUGUCGUGGAAGACGUUAAAAUUAUCCCUGAGAAGAUGUGUGCGUUCAUAUCAUUUGUAGAUGAAAGCGCAGCACUGUUGUUCCAUUCGGAUGCGAUUUUAAAGCGCUUAAACAUUGGCGAUAGAGAUAUUAAGAUUGGUUGGGGUAAACCAACCCGCAUUGAUCCUAUUGUCGCCGCGAGAAUAUCUACAGAUGGCGCCACAAGAAAUGUAUAUAUUGGCCGUAUGACGAUCGAGGGUGAAGAAUCGCACUUGUCCGGAGAACAGUUGAGAGCUGAUUUAGAAGAAUAUGGUGAGAUUGAUUGUAUAAAAAUUAUCAAAGAAAAAGGGGUCGCUUUUAUUCAUUUUGCAUCUAUUUUAAAUGCCAUAAAAGUUGUUACAAAUUUGCCGAUAAGAAAUCUAUAUUAUCAAAACAAGAGAAUCUUUUAUGGAAAGGAUAGAUGCGCAUUCAUUACCAAGACGCAACAACAUAACGCGGCUCAAUUUCUAGGUGUCCAGCCUGGUAUGGAACACAUGAUAGAGUUCUCUGAUCGUGAAUUUAUAUCUAACGCCCUAUUGCAACAAUCAGCAGCCGCUGCAGCUAUUGCCACGUCUGCCGGCGGGCCUAAUAAUUUAGGAAACAGGACUGUUUAUUUGGGCAGUUUACCGAAGGAUGUUAAAAUUGAAGAAAUAUGUAACGCCGUUCGUGGUGGCUUAUUACAAAGUAUAAAGCUACUGAACGAUCGUUAUGUUUGUUUUGUCACAUUCAUUGAUCCCACUGCUGCUGCACAGUUCUAUGCGAUGAGUUCUUUGUAUGGAUUCACGGUUCAGAAGAAACGAUGUAAAGUUGGCUGGGGGAAGCAUUCUGGGCCAUUACCCAAUGCACUUGCAUUGGCAGUCAGUAAUGGCGCGUCAAGAAACGUUUAUGUGGGUAAUAUUGAUUAUGUUAGUGAUUCUGUAAGAGAUGAACGUAUCUUUACUGAAGGCAAGCUGAGAGGUAUUUUUCAACAAUAUGGAGAGGUGGAGCAAAUUAAUUUCCUACCUGAGAAGAACUGCUGUUUCAUUAAUUAUACUAACAUCAGUAACGCUAUACUAGCUUUAGACAAGAUCAAGUCAAAUCCGUAUUUCAAAGAUCUCAAAAUCAAUUUUGGCAAAGAUAGGUGCGGUAACGUUCCCCACCAAUCGCGUUAA